AUGCAAGUGAACGUUUCGCCUGUAACCUUGGCUGCUUUGAAGGCGGACGGCACGAUACGAUGUCUUGCCGAUGUCAAGUACCAGCCCGUGCCCGCGUCCCGGCACUCGUCGACGGCGUUUGCCCUAGCUAGGAAUUUGGCCAACGAGUUUACCACUGCGCUCCUUGGCCAGCUUGGCGACGUAACGGCCACACACUCAGAAUCAUCAUCAUCCACAGACACCUGCAAAGCUGCCGGCGCGCAGGCACAUCUGUAUGCCGCACAGCUCCGCCGCAACCGCAUGAUCGUCUGUUUCGACGUGUUUCUGAAUUACUGUACGCCCGAGUUCCGCAGAGAGAUCGAUGAGACCGUUGCGCGGCCCAUCCACGCGGUCACUAAGCUAGGAGACGACAACAGGUACCAGGUGGGUAGAAAACUGCCCUUGGAUGCGAGGGUUGCCCGCGAGAUUGCGUGGAUACAGGAGGUUGACAAGGGCCCGCGCCCGUACUUUACCGACGACAUGACCCCGACUUGCUAUGAUGACGGGAUCCGCGUCGAAGACAAUUUCGAGUAG